AUGUUUCUCCUCAAUUUUCUGCUCUUGUGGCAGAGAGGAGUUCUUGCACUGGACUGCAAUGCAGGCUCAGUGGACAAAACAAAAGUGCCGAAAUCUUUUGGCCCGGAUGUGACGGAAUCAACUCUUCGGAAAGUCUGGCCAAACAUCCAUAGCGCCUACCCCACUGUGAAUUUCUGGGACUGGUACAAGUUCUUCACCACUUACGCGGCUUACUUUAAUCAUGGAAAGAGCAUCGCGAAUGAUAUUUAUCAAGUGUGGCCGAUUUCGCUUGAUAAAUAUGGAGACAUCAGAGAGGUGGAUAACUACGACUACACUGUUGCGGAGGAACUGGGUCUUUCUUGGAAUGAGAUGGUCUUUGAUCAACUCAAUAUUCCAAUAGUUUCUCUUGUUGCAGCGAAUAUCUUCUAUGACGUGGAGGUGGGAUUGAAUAAUUACUUUCAUGGCGGAUGGAACACAUUCUCGAUCAAUUUCGGAGGGGCGAAUAAAACUCGUUGGGAUGAACUCGAAGCGAAGUUUGAGUUUCAAGAGCAUCUCAAUCACGAUAAUUUUGACCUUCUGGUUGUCGUUGAUGAUUCUUCCUUGAUUGCAGACGAUGAUUUCCAAGAAAUCAAGAGCUUCAUUGAGAAUAUCGAAACUGUUGCUAAUUCAGCUUCGCUUGAUAUUUCAGUUCAUCCUCUAAACGGCGGAAGCUUUCACACAUUUCAAGCUGGGCCGCUCGAUCUGAGCUCUUUCUCAAAAAGCUCAAGCCAAGACCGCAACGUUGAAGCAGUUUUUGACAAUAUUUAUGGUGACUUUACAUCGGCCAGAUCCGAUGCCGCAAAAUACGUCCUGUUGAUAAUAACUGGCACUCCCACAGAUGAUGUAUCUCGAAUUCAAAAAAACCUCCCUGGACAUACGCAACUCAUUGUCCUGAAUAUCGGAGGACAACAUGUGACUCUUGAUGGAGACACGACAAAGAACAUGUACGCGUCAACAGCAGCUGAUCUGAAUUCGGAUAACCACAGAGUAGAGAAUAUCCUUUUUGAAGUCACACAGGGUGUAAUUUAUCUUUCAACUGUUAGUGGUGAUAGCUGGUCUACUCAAAAUAUCAGACUCCAUGCAAACUCAAAUCGUCAGUUCUCGUUCCCGACUGCGAUGCUUGGUGAAAUAACCACAGAAAUCCGAACUGAUGAUGGUUCUUUUGCCGAAGCAACUAUUUUGGCCGGCGUUAGUGGCUCGCCAAGCUAUGCUUUUUAUGAAUUGGAACGAAAUGUGAACAACACUUCGCCAACCAUCAUCAAAAUUGGGCCAACAUGGGAUACCACUUAUUUUUUUAUACUAAACGAGAAUGAUGAAGAUCUCCUUGUUGACUUCACGUUGGAUAUGCGCACACCUGUUUUCGGGUUUUAUACUCCUGAUAUUGACAUCUCGAGGUGUAAUAUUCACGAAUACUGCUCUGCUGAUGGAACCUGCGACUGUAUUUCGACUUACUACAGGACACGAAAUGACCAGUGCACUUUUUCUCAAUUCAUCAAGAGACCAGAACUCGAUACAUUUGUUUGCGACCUCAAAGAUGGUGAGGUCGAGUUUUACAUCAAUCUUACUGACUAUAUUCCGCCCGUUACGGAUCCAAGAUACGAGGAAACGAAAGACAUCAGAGGAUUCUGUUUCGUCGACAACUCCACAAUUUCUGGCCUAAUCACGAAGCUUGAGUUGGCUGGUAGCUCAAACAACACCUUCGGAAACUCAUCUUGCGCCUGUUCUGCAUGGCUCAAAGGAAAUCCCGGCGAGUUGCAGAAGUAUAAUCCGAGCGACUGUCCAUCGGUAAUGACAAAAGAAUUUGUUCAAGACGAAAAUGGCUUGCUCAAAGAAGUCUACUCGUUUGGAGUCGGCUACGACGACGCGACGAUCGAGACAGGAUUUGGAAAGAUAAUGGUCCAGCCUGGAGCGAGAUGGAAACUCUCAUGUGACGUCAAACGGGCGUCCGAGAUGUCGCUGGGCGACGACGGCGGGCCAGCGGAGAUUACUUACGAAAUCGAGUCAGUGGACGGCAUCGAUCUUGAAGACAACCUCGACGAGAUCAAUUUCGACUUUGCUUUCUUUGCCACCACGGAUUUAGAAGGAAACAAAAGAAUUGGAGAAGAACCUUUGGAAAUCGACCAAGAUGUUUACAUCCAGGCACAAAUACGAAACAAUCCAUUCUUUAAACUCUUCACGAGUUAUUGUGAGAUCACCGUCACGACGAAUGGCACGGACAGCAUCUUCCAAGACAUUGUCGAGCUCGGAUGCGUGAACCCUGAUUACGAAGACUCGUUCCUCCGACCAGAUGGAUUUUUACCUCGAGAUUCGGGUGUAGACAAGUUCAUCUUGCGUCCAAUUGUUCCUUCGGGCUUCAAAACAGCUUCCGUCGAUGUGGCUUGCACGGUUUUGGCGUGUCCAGACAUUGGACCAGGCGAGCCAUUCUGUGCGCCAGGGCCGACUUGCGGAGAUAUCUAUUCAGCGCAGACCCUGCGAUCGCUCAAAAGGGGAAGUAACAAGCCUCACGAUAAGGACAUGAGUCUACAACUCACAUAUGUUCCAAAAAACAAAGCUGACAAUGAUCCAGAAGAUCCUGAAAAUCCUGAAGAUGAUGACAACUCAGCAGGAACAACAUUUUUUAGCACUUUUAUCGUAUUCUUCUUAUCGUUUCUUUUAUAA